AUCGUCGAGGCUUCUCCGUCGUCGUCGUCUGUGUGAGUUCGCGGCCGACGUCGCGAGAUCGAACGGGAUUCCCGGAACCGAGGAGGGAAGCUUCCAGGGUCUUCGGCCGUCAGCAGGUUUCGGUCGAGUCGGUGAUCGGGGGUUGCGAGGAGAAGAGGUUCGCGAAGAGUGGUCGUCCCGUACACACACUCCCCCUCCCUUCCCCUCCCGCGCCCACCCACUCACCCCCAUCCAACCCCCCGUCGUCUCUCUCUCUCGCUCUCUCCGUGCGCAAGGGACCCCGAGCGUCGGGGGUUUACGUUGCCGGGACGGCAGAUGUCAGGAUGCCGGAGCAGAGCAACGACUAUCGCGUGGUCGUGUUCGGGGCGGGCGGCGUCGGCAAGAGUUCCCUCGUGCUGCGUUUUGUGAAAGGGUCCUUCCGCGAGUCCUACAUACCGACCAUCGAGGAUACUUACAGACAGGUGAUAAGUUGUGACAAAAACAUAUGCACACUUCAAAUUACGGAUACAACGGGGUCCCAUCAGUUUCCUGCUAUGCAGCGGCUCUCCAUAAGCAAGGGUCACGCCUUCAUCUUGGUGUACUCGGUAUGCUCACGGCAAAGCCUCGAGGAGUUACGACCAAUCUGGGCCGUGAUAAGGGAGCUCAAGGGCCAGGAUAUCUCGCAGAUACCCAUUAUGUUGGUCGGGAACAAGUGCGACGAGAGCCCUUCGGUGCGCGAGGUGUCGAUGAGCGAGGGCGCGGCCGAGGCGGCUAAUUGGGGCUGCGGCUUCCUGGAGACCUCGGCCAAGACGAAUCACAACGUGGACGCCCUGUUCCGAGACUUGCUCACCCUCGAGAAGAAUCGCUCGGUGUCGUUACAGCCGGUGCAGAGCAACAACGCUAUAAGACUCAAGGAGAAGUGUGCCGUUAUGUAAAAAUCCGUCACUCUGAUCGCGCGUUGUAUCGUAUAUAUAUAUAUAUAUAUAUAUAUAUAUAUAUAUAUAUUUAAUUAUAUAUAAAUAUAUAUAUAUAUAUAUAUAUGUAUAUCGCGAUCAAACACAUAAAACACCGGCGACGAUUCUCGGCGAGGUGCUUCCGGUAUAUAUAUAUAUAUAUAUAUAUAUAUAUAUAUAUAUAUAUACUCUUAU